AUGCCUUUCACUGAGGUGACGAUCACUUUAGAGGACGUUGCUACACCCACCGAUCUAGCGAUCGACGGUGAUGUCAUCGUAGUAGACAUACCAGACCAGGACUUGAGGGAGUUGUGUCUUCGACAGUUAGGACGUGCUCCUACUGAUCUUGCAGCGGCUCCAUUAGGAUUGCUUGGCUUAGGGAAACUUUCGAUGAGCGACCUCCUUCGGCAUCACCAGAGACUGCAGAGCAGUUUGCACGAGCUUAUGUGGCGUCCUUACUUUGAUAGAGCCGAGGACUUCAGCGGUACUGUGAUCCAGUCUGACACGUUUCGAGCAGUAGUUUCACUGAUUUGCUCAUCGGCGAUGUGGCACCAUCCAGAUCGCGUGCUCAGAAAGUUUGGAAUGAUUCAGGACCCGCCUCAUCCCCGACAUCCCGCAGCUGAGAUUAGGUUUUUCCUCAGCUAGGGCCGGCAUGGGCCAUCACGUGGCCAGCAGUUUAUACAGGCAGCCAGUGAGUCGAUUGAGUUGUGGAACAAUCGACAUGAGUCCAUUGCGCGUACGAGGUACACUGACGUACCUUUAGCCUACCACUCGGAGCAUCGAGAGUGGUAUCGAGAUGUCACUAGACGUUCAGGCACACGGAGAGCAGCUGCAAUGAACGCCGCGUGAUGGAAUUCGAGAUGGGGGGAUGUCCACAGACCGGAUGGAGGAGUUGGCUAACAUUUUGGCAGCAGAGGUUACAGCUUUAGGUUUCAGUGAGCGCCGACAUCCUGAUCCUACAGCACAUAUACAUCGGUAUCCUGUUGACGAGCGUAGCUUAGACAUCUGGCCAGAGCGUAGGGUUCAGCCAUCUGACUAGGGAGUACCAUCGCCACAGUUCACGCAGGAGCCCAGGAGGCAGAGAUCGCGACGUGAGCAGCGCGACGUACCUCCCCUAGUGAGGUACUCAGAUCGUCAGUCAGUACAGCCAGUCAGACCUACUCCGACCUUCCAGUUCCACCCGCCUUCUCAGCCACAGUUUCAGCUGGGCGCUUUUGCCGGAUUUCAGUCAGGCACCAGUUCUGGCCCACAGUUUCAGCCCGGCGCAUUUGCCGGAUUUCAGGCAGACACCAGUUCGGUCCCACAGUAUCAGCCACCGGAAGAUAGCUUUCAUACACCACAGCAUGCUGCGAUAGGAGGCGGAUUAAUGGGAUCAGGUACUGAUGUUGUACCAGAUUUGGACCCAGAUGAGUGGGAGCGUCUAGAUGGUGAUCAGGUUUUUCGGACAUCGAUGUGGGCUUAUGAGGAGCAGCUUCGAGCUGGAGGAUCUAGUGCACCAGAUGAGCAGGUUCAGUCUCAGGUGGAUGACAUGUUCGGUACAUAGGAUCAGGAUGAUAUAGUGGAGGGAGAAGAGCCCCAGCACGAUGAUGGUAGGCCUCCACGGAUUAGGAGGGCAACGAGGUGUGGUACUGGCGGCCAUCUAGUGGCAGAGC